AAUAACACCUACUGAUAAUAAAAAAAGUCAUCUGGUCUGGGAACACUGUUCGUAUAAUGUCGGCUGGGCUGUGCUUCACACUUUUCGCCUGGUCCUGGUUAAUAUUUUUGUUGAAGUGUGAAUAACAGUGAACUUUUUAUAAAUUACUCCCCUUUGUAAGCUUUCCGGAGUUCUUUCUAAAAACCUAUUGGACCAUUCUUGAACUCAAGCUGUGCCAGUUUGUCUUGCAUUAGGUAUCUCAUAUAAUCAGGAUUAUGGCUUCUUCUACUUCCAUUGAUGGGGAUGGGGAUACCUUUGGCAGUCUGAUUUUUAUGAGGAAAAAAGAUGGAUACCCAGUUCCAUUCGACCUAAGACCUGGGCAGGUUACAUUUGGCGGAGGAGAUAAUGCAGAUAUCCGAUUAAAAAUUGCGGAUGAACGGUUGCGGGACAUGCAUUGUUUUAUUUAUAUAGAUGAAAAUGGAGUGGCCACACUAGUCAACAAAGCUGGUGAUGAUACGGUUAAAGUAAAUGACGGGCCAGUGAAAAAGAUGCAUGUGUUAUAUCAUCAAGAUGGGUCCUCCCUUUAACUCGAGAACACCGACGUAAUCGCCUUGAGUGGUGCAGACAACGGUCACUCUGGGAUCAGGAAUGGAACUGUAUUGUCUUUAGUGACGAGUUUCGAUUUUGUUUAGGCAUGCACGAUGGUCGUGCCAGGGUUAGAAGGCGACGUGGUGAAAGGAGGAAUCCACAGUUUUUUGUUGAAAGACAUGUUCAUCACACUGUUGGAGUUAUGGUUUGGGGUGCUAUAGCUUAUGGUUCCAGGUCACCUUUAAUCUUCAUCAGAGGUAACAUGAACGCGCAGCGUUAUAUCCACGAAGUUCUAGAACCCCAUCUUUUACCCUAUCUUGACACCCUGGCAGAUCCGACUUUCCAACAAGAUAAUGCCCGACCACAUGUUGCAAGAGUCACAAUAGACUUCUUUCAACAUAAUGAUGUCACAUUGUUACCAUGGCCACCCAGAUCUCCCGACUUAUCCCCAAUUGAGCAUGUGUGGGAUAUGAUGGGUAGGAGAUUGCUCAAUUUGCAACGUCCUCCUCAGACUCUAGAAGCACUUCGAGAGGAGUUGGUGGUUGCCUGGAAUGAGAUACCACAGGAGGACAUUGACCACCUGAUCAGAAGCAUGCCUAGGCGCGUUGGAGAAUGCGUAGCACAUCAGGGUGCAUCCACACAUUAUUAAGUCAAAGGGCUUUAAAGCAGUGCAAUCAUUUUGAAAUUUUUAUCAUUUACUUAUUAUGCUUCAUUAAGUACUUAUACAAAAUUUUAUUAAAAUAAAACCAUUUAAAC